AUGGCGGACGAGCAGAAGGAUUCGCAUACGCAAGCACCCGCUGCUUCAGGAUCGGAGUUCUUCGAUUCGUUCUUCGCUUCCGCGUUGCAACGUGCGAAUAUGACAUCGGGCCAACUCAAGGGUCUCACUGACGAGUUGAGUGCUGCUGCGCAUCGGGCACCCACCUCGAACAGCAGUGCCAGCGGCGCCAACGACGUGUAUGCGCCAGACGGCAACGGACUAGAUUGUGGACGUGACCCUGGCGACGUACCUGAUGCGCAACAACAAGAGCGCUCAGCGUCGGUGGCGCCUACUACAAGACAGCGAUCAGCGCUUGCCAAUGGCGUAUCGUCGCUCGACCUGAAGCUGGGCUCGGCAAAUGCAGCUCUACCUUGCAUCUCGUCGACAUCGUACGUGCAAGCGAGCUCAUCGGCCAUCAGUUCCCCGACGUUGGCAUCGGCGUCCAUGGCGCAACCCCACCACCAGUCGAAUGCGCGAGCUGCGGCUACAGCGUUGCUUUCGCGCUCCAGCUCGUCCCAGCUCGCCAACCACGGCCAGCCAUCGUCCAGGAUCGCACCUGAUCUCGAUGUGCUCGCCACCACGCGUGGCGGUGGGCUGGGAACUCCGACAGGCGAGCGAACGUACAUCGGCUCGUCGUGGUGCGCUUCAGGUGCGCAAACGCCCGUCAUGGACCCCAACGGUCUCGGUUGGCCAGCCAAGGCUACACUCGACCGUCUGAAUCACACGCCGGCGCAGGCCGAGGCAAACCAAGCGCGUCUGGCAAGUGCCAUAUCGACGGUGCUCGAGUGUAUCGGUGAAGACCCCUCGCGCAGCGGACUGGUCAAGACGCCGGAACGCUACGCAAAAGCGUUGCUCUGGAUGACGCGUGGCUACGAAGUGAGGCUGAGCGACGUAAUUGCCAACGCCAUCUUUGACGAGGAACACGACGAAAUGGUGAUUGUCAAGGAUAUCGAGAUCUUUAGCCUGUGCGAACACCACAUGGUGCCGUUCACGGGCAAAAUCCACAUUGGCUAUAUUCCGAAUCGACUAGUGAUCGGGCUGUCCAAGUUGGCAAGGAUCGCCGAAACGUUUGCGAGGAGAUUGCAGGUGCAGGAGAGAUUGACCAAGCAGGUGGCGUUGGCGUUGGACGAGGCAUUGCGUCCGCAGGGUGUAGCUGUGGUCGUCGAGUGCGAGCACCUGUGCAUGGCCAUGAGGGGUGUACAGAAACCCGGCGCGACAACCGUCACGAGCUGCAUGCUGGGCGUCUUUAGAGAUCGACAAAAGACCAGAGAGGAGUUCCUCUCGCUCAUCAACAAGAGGUAG